CGCACCGAAUCCGAAUACGAUGCCGCUCCACGUCCUCGUCCUCGUCCUCUUCCUCUUCCUCAUCCCCAUCAUCACUGUCACUCCUUCUCCAACGCUCUCACUCUCAACCUCGCCACCGCCGCCGCUGUCCUUGCCCUUGCUCGCCCCUAUCCGGAAGGACCACACGACCCUCCGCUACACCCUCUCGGCUUACCUGAAGACCCCUCCCCAACGCCUCGACCUCCUCCUCCACCUCGGCGGCCGCUUCUCCUGGGUCGACUGCUACUCCGGCGGCUACUCCUCCGCCACCUACCGCAACAUCCCCUGCAACUUCUCCGUCUGCGUCCCCCUAGACUCCCUCGCCUGCGGCUACUGCUAUGACCGCCCGGCCGGCCCCACCUGCUCCAACGACACCUGCGAGUACUUCCCCGAGAACCCCAUCAACCGGAAGGUCGGCCUCGAGAACGCCCUCGUGGACGCCCUCGGCCUCCCUUCCACGGACGGGUCGAGCCUGGGGCGGGUGGAGGUCGUGCCCGACUUCCUCUUCUCCUGCGCCAAGGCCGACCUGCUUGCCGAAUUCCCGAAGGGGACCUCCGGCCUCGCCGCGCUCGGGUUCUCCAAUGUCUCCCUUCCCGAGCUGGUCACCGAGGCCCUGUCCCUGCCGCGGUGCUUCGCGUUGUGCAUGUCUGGGUCUCGGUCGGCUGCCGGCGUCGCCUUCGUGGGCACGGCUGGCCCCUACAACUUCAUCCCCGGGAUAGACCUCUCCAAGGGCCUCACCUACACGCCGAUCCUCCUGAACCCACAGGGAGACACCGUGAUCACGUACGCGCGGGAGCCGGCAGCGGAGUACUACGUCGGCUUGACAGCUGUCAGGGUCAACGGGAAGGCCGUACCGCUGAACGCCACUCUGCUGGCGAUCGACCAGGAGAGCGGUCGCGGCGGGACCAUGAUCAGCACCGUCCUGCCUUACACCGCGCUCCAGACCUCCAUCUACAGGGCGGUCACCGAGGCGUUCGCGCGGGAGGCCUCCGCCGCAUUCCACCUCCCUGCGACACGGCCGGUGAAGCCGUUCAGCUUGUGCUACUCUGCCGGAGACGUGGCCAGCACCCGCGCAGGCCCUGCCGUGCCAGCGAUCGACCUGGUGAUGCAGAGUGAGGACGUGUUCUGGAGGGUGUCGGGGGCGAAUUCGAUGGUGAGGAUCACGAGGAAGGGGACGGACGUGUGGUGCCUGGGGGUCGUGGACGGCGGGGCCGAGGCGCGGGCGGCGGUGGUGAUCGGAGGGCACCAGAUGGAGGACAACCUGCUGCAGUUCGACCUCGGGUCGAUGAGGCUGGGGUUCAGUUCCUCGGUGCUGCUGCGGGGGACCACUUGCGCCGAUUUCAACUUCACGACCAGCGAUCAUACGUGACGAAGGUGGCAAAAGAAGCACCGUGAACGGUGAUGAUAGUGGUGGACGAUGAUGGUGAAAUAACGUGUGAUGCUGCUAAUCUUUUGGCAUCAUGAACGAGCCGAUAAAGUUGAUGGACCAGUGCAGUUAUACUAAAUUUAGUAUAUGAAAUAAAAAUUUGGUACAUCAUAAUGACAUGAAAGAUUGUCAUCAGGCAAUUAAAUAAUUGUGAAAGAUUGUUAGUAGGCAAUCAAACCGAUUGGUCUUUAUCUAAGUUUAUGUAUAUCAAAACAAGUACACUUAUAAUGAAU